AGGAGCGGAGCAGUUUCGGCUACAGCUGAAGAGCUGGGACUUCUACCCUUAAAGCCCACGUGCCGAGAAUCUGAUGUUGGGCUUGGCUUCGUGGCUGAAAAUGGCAAAUCAGCCCAUGAGAACUACCAUUCCUAGCCAAAAGAGAUCCAAUAAAAGUCAGCAUCUUUUCUUUCAAGUCUGGCAGCAAGAAAGAGGACAGGAGGUGGACAUUGUGGAAUCUGAAAACAGAACUGAAAGGUGACAUUUAACUUGAAGAUGGGAGGUGGAGAAAGAUUCAGUGUUCCAUCUGUCCAGUCCAGAAAUGCUACCAAGAGCCAUCAACAACUGAAUAAUAGAAAAAAGAGUAAAGAUCAGAAUUCCCAUAUGAAGAAAAUUCACAAGAAAGAGAGAGGGCAUGGCUGCAACCCAUCAUCUGUAGCAUGGCAGGCCAUGCACAAUGAAGGAAAAGCCACAGUGCAUUUCCAAACGAACCAGACUUGGAAUCUAGCUUUAUCCCACUCACUUUUCAUGCCUCAAACCAACCAAAACUAUGCUGGAGCAAAAUUCAGUGAGCCCCCAUCCCCAAGUGUCCUUCCUAAACCACCGAGCCACUGGGUAACUGUUUCAUUUAACCCCGCGGAUAAAGAAAUCAUGACUUUUCAACUUAAGAUCUUACUGAAAGUAUAGGCUUAAGUUCCAUAGAAAAUGACACUUCGUAGUUUCAGUAUGAGUCCAUGUUGGAGUCCAUAAUUCAAAAAAA